GGCAGAAGGCACCAUGAGUGGUGGCCCUGUAGGAGGCAGGCCUGGGGGCAGAGGGGGACCAGGGGUUCAGCAGAACAUUCCGUCCAACCUCCUCCAGGAACAUGAAAAUCAGCGACUCUUUGAGCUGCUUGGCCGAAAAUGCUGGACACUGGCCACUGCAGUUGUGCAGCUCUACCUGGCACUGCCCCCUGGAGCUGAGCGCUGGACCAUGGAACACUGCGGGGCUGUUUGCUUCGUGAAGGAUAACCCUCAGAAGUCCUACUUCAUCCGUCUUUAUGGCCUUCAGGCUCGUCGGUUACUCUGGGAACAAGAGCUGUACACCCAGCUGGUUUACUUCACUCCUACCCCUUUCUUCCACACCUUUGAAGGAAAUGACUGCCAAGUAGGACUGAACUUUGCCGACGAGAGUGAAGCCCAGGCCUUCCAGUCCUUGGUGCAAGAGAAGAUACAAAAAAGAAAUCAGAAGCUAAGUGGAGAAAGACGCCAGCUACCACCACCACCAGCACCAACCAAUGAAGAGAGAAGAGGACGGCUCCCACCUCUGCCCCCACAUCCAGGUGGAGACCAUGGGGGCCCAUCAGGUGGUUCACUAUCUCUAGGACUUGUGACAGUCAACAUUCAGAACCCUGACAUUACAAGUUCACGAUACCGUGGCCUCCCUGCACCUGGCCCUGGCCCAGCUGAUAAGAAACGCUCAGGAAAAAAGAAGAUCAGUAAAGCAGAUAUUGGUGCACCAAGUGGAUUCAA